CUUUGUGCUUCAUAGCAGAGACUCAUUUUGUGACUCAGGCGUGCUUAGCACCUCUUCUUCUCCAGAAAUUGACCAUCUGAUAAUGAGAACGUGUAAAGAGCAUGCCAGAAAAGUCAGCCACCAAGAUCCAGAGAGCAAAAAGCAAGCUGAGUACUACAGCCAGGAGGCAGAUGCUGUGCAGGGUCAUACAGCUUCCCUUGAAGAAUUCAGUGUCCCUCAGGAAAAAAGUCCUGAUGAACAUUUUGACCAGAGUGAAAGGCAAUCUCUGGAAAAGGAACCUACCCCAGAGACAGACCUUCCCAGGGAAAGCACUUUUCCCACCACAGGUCCCAUAGAAGAGCCAAAGACAAUUGCUGACAAUUUCCCUGAGAACUCUGGCAGCAUGCAAGACCUUCAGACCCAUGGACAUCAGCUGAAGAAGUACCCCACAAGCGACAGUCUGGAUGAAUACAUGGAUGAAUGCUGUAGACUGAGUGAGGCGAACCAAGGUAACAGCAAAGCCCUGGGAUCUGGUCUGGGAUACCUGGAACACAUUUGCCAACUGAUUGAGAAGAUUGGGCAGCUGCAGGAGCACAACCUGCGUCUCCAAAAGCAAGUGUGCAGCUUGCAGAAAGAGCAGAAGAUGAGCCAGAUAAAAGAGGAGUACCUUCUGCAGCAUUGCUCCUGUGGAGCUGCCAGUGUCUUCCUCAACUCGUACCAAGACGUGAAGACAUUUUUUGCUGGAAGGAGCAGACCUCACAGCCUCUUGGUUCAGACUGGAAAUCCUUCUGAUCUUUCCAUCAUCCCAGAAAUAGGAGUGAAUGCUGAAAAGCUGAGCAGCUGCAAUGGAAGUGAGAGAUACCCGGAAUCAGGAAACAGCCAGCCGAUGGUGGGGCUCAGGAAGUCGUCAAACAAUAGGAACAACAAGGAGAAUGAGUUCAGAGAAGCUGGUAGUAUGGCUGAAGGGCAGGCUUUUCCAUCAAAGGACCCUGCAGUAAGAAAGGGUCUGGACAUCAGCAAGAACAUCUCGGGUGAGAGCCAUCCGUGGGGGAGAAUGAGAGAUCUUAUGAGGAAGACACGGCUGAAAAACCAGAACAAGCUGGGGCUGUCCUCUGCUGCUCUGAAGAGAUCCUGCCCACAGUUGUACAGGCCAGAUACUAUGUCUUCAGAGCUGAGGAAAACUGAGAGGAACUCCAUGAUUGUUCUGGGGCAAAAUACAAAGAAUGAAAACAUGUGGCCUUUCGGAUAA